GUUAUGGGAAAGUCCAAGUCAUCAUCGAGCGGUAUGUAGGUCAGCGGCCGGGAGUUUACCAUCAUCUCAAUCUCCGUCAUCGUGGCGCUCCCAACAUCCACCAAAGUGCGGUGCGGCCGGCGGAUUGAAACUCCACUUCAGCUCGGGUGAGCUGAAUCUCGACUGCAGUGCAACCCCAUCUACUUCCUUCAGGGCAUCGUUGAGCUCUCGUGCGGCACCAAUGAAGUUAGUGCCCCGGUCACUAACAAUUUCUCGCGGUGAGCCUCUUCUAGCGAUGAAUCGACGGAUUGCUAGGAUACAAGAAGCAGUAGUUAGCGAAUGGGCCAGUUCGAUGUGUAUCGCACGAGUCGUGAGACAGGUGAACAGCGCUCCCCAGCGCUUUUCCGAGCGUCGACCCACUACCACAGGUAUCGGUCCGAAAUAGUCCAGUCCUGUAUGUGUGAAAGCCCUUUGAGAUACGGCUAAUCUCUGGCGAGGAAUGUUGCCCAUCAACGGCGAGUUUGGUAAAGCAUUCUUCACCUUGCAGUGCUGACAGCCACGUCGAACCCGGUUAAAUUCCAUCAGCAGCUUUGGUACGUAGUAACGUGUACGCAGUUGGUUUAUCACCGUUCUGUGGCUCCGAUGGCAGUACCGUUCAUGGAAGUCCCCGAUGAUUAAGUCGGUCACGUGAUGUCGUCUCGGUGAUAAUUUAUACAACACGCUGUCGCGAGCGAUCGGCUUCUUCCACGGAUGAUUUUGCUGCGCAUCACUCUUGAGCCGCUUAAUGUCCGAUGAAAAUCCAUCGGCCUGAGUCCAGAUGAGCAGCGACUGCUCGGAAUCCAACAAUUCCUGCUGCGUCAAUGGACCAUUGAUCUUCGCUAACUGUUGAACGUGCCUUCGCAUGUUCCCGAUGAAACGAUGAACGUAACCCACCGUCCUCAACAAUCUUUUCCACCGCGAGAAUCGCGCGAAAUCAACUACGGUGGUAUCUGCAACUUGAUGCAUUAAACUGUGGCGAAAUUCUUCCAAGGUUUCACCUGGGUCGACAGGAUUAACCGGCCACUUAUCUUCCGACUCCCAGAGGAACUCAGGACCGCGGAACCACCUGCUGGAUGAACACAAGUCAGGAUUCCCUUGCCAUUUGGUUCCGUCGUCGGCAACAUUAACCUUGGUGGAGAGCCAGCGCCAUUCAUCCACGUUCGUUGUUUCCACUAAUUCGCUCACUCGAAAUGCGACGAAGGCACUAUAUCGUCUAUGGUCGGAGCGGAUCCAGCUCACAACGUUGCGCGAAUCCGUCCAAAAAAUCCUUUUUGUUAUUUUCAGGCGAUGCGCUUUCAUUAUGUGAUCUGCGAACCUGGCUCCUAUCACUGCCGCUUGGAGUUCUAACCGUGGUAUAGAUAGUAGCUUCAGUGGAGCAACCCUUGUCUUGGAACCUACAAUCGCACAUUCUACGACGCCGUUUUCCUCGUACCGCACGCAUGACGACGGAGAGCCAUUUCUCGAUUACAGGGGAGGCGUACGUUGUCGUACUUCCACAACAAUCCUGUUUCGUAUCGACCGUGUAGUAACCGUGUAUCGGAACUGAGCAUAGUAAUGGCUCUCUGCUCUUCCUUGGAAAGCAGUUUACGGGGAGUAUUGAUUCCCAUAGAAUCCAAUGAAAAAUAUUCCUUCAACGCUGUGUUAAUGCUUUCCCCCCCAUUCUCAUUACAGAUACAUAAGUGGAAGUUAUUGUACGUGGUUCUACUUACGGUUGUCGGUGUAGCACAUGGACCAAACACAGUCCAUCCAAGUCUCGUCUUUGCGGCGAUUGGUUCGUCGAAGCUCCCUUCAGCGCAUCGUGACGGUUUUCCCAGGUAGAUAUUGUCCAUACCGAUCAGGAUUCGUGGCUUCACUCCAGCAUAAGAAGCUAUCGGCAGGCCCCUUAAGUGUGAAUAUUUCUUGGCCAGUUCCUCGAGCGGUAGCGUUUGUGCUGGAAGUGAUAACUCGUUCACCGUGUGCACCUUUUGAAGAUUGUAUGUUGGAGCUCCCCUGUAGACGCCUGAUAUCCGCAGCGACACCAUUAACGAAUUGGCCUCCUCGCGUGUAGUGUACCAGUCCAUUUCAGGCACAAUGGAUGUGGAAUGCCCUCAAUACCAAGUUCAUCGAUCAACCUUCGAUCAAUAAACGUCGCCGAAGAGCCUUCGUCCAAGAAGGCGUAAGUGUUGACAUCCUUCUUCCCGCCGUAUAUCGUGAUAGACGGAAGAUUUAGUCGUCGAAAAUGUUCCCGAAAAAGUUAAAGCGAAGUGGAGAGCUUUAUAAAAAAAGCCGCGAAACUGGAAGAGCAGUUUGAAAAAGAGUGGGCAUUGCAAAAUGAUCCUGCCGGACCAAGUAGCCAGCCAGCAGCUCAGCAAUCUGCCGAGGAUGUUGCUAUGAAUGAACCCUGUGAAGGUCCUGUGGCAUCAAUGGAAGAGGAGUAUUUGGACGAAAACAAUACAGAUGACGAACGUGCUAGCGAUGAAGGAUCCAUCCACAACGAAGAUACUGAUGGCGAAGAGUAUUUAGAGGAAGAGUAUUUGGAGGGAGAGUUUUUGGAGGCAGAGUUUUUGGAGGAGGCGAGCCUGGAAACUGAUCCAGAAAGCGCGAAGCUACGAGACUCUUUGCGAACAUGGUUUAUUCGCAAUAAAGUUGCUCGUAGCGGGAGUAAUAAUUUACUAGGAAUACUGCGAAAAGCGUCUUCUCUUUCUGCUUUUUCAUCUCUUCCACAGGAUGUUAGGACAUUGCUGAAAGCUCCGGUGAACGUCAGCGAGCAGAUUACUAAGGUUCCAGGUGGAGGUGAAAUGUGGUACCAAGGCGUUGAAUGUUGUUUUCAACAUUAUUUUCGCGAUGUGGACGUACUAGAGCAUGUGUUUGAGCUGAAUCUUUCAGUGGACGGAAUACCAAUAUAUAACCGUAGCGCAAUACAGAUGUGGCCUAUACUAAUGCAGUUGCACAAUAUGCCGAAUGUUCCUGUUAUGGUGGUUGGAAUAUUUUGCGGCACUUCUAAACCAAACGAUGUUGAGCCUUUCCUGAGACCUUUGGUGGAGGAACUAAAUAGGCUACAUGAUCACAAAAUGAACCUAAACGGCAAAAAAAUAACUGUUUCGGUUAGAAUCAUAAUCGCUGACUCGCCUGCACGCGCAUUUAUUAAACAAGUUUACUACUACAACGGAGUACAUGGGUGUUUAAAAUGUAAAUGCUGUGGUACUUCCCUAAAAACACCAAAAAAAGUUAUUUUCGAGGAUACAACAGCUCCACCAAGAACAGAUAAGGAAUUUAGAGAAGAAAAACCCAGUUCUACAGGCCAUCGAAAAGGUAAAACCCCUCUUACAGAUCUAAAAAAGUUCGACAUGAUAAAAGGUAUAGCUACUAGCGAUUUAUUACAUUUAAUACAAUUGGGUAUUGUUUUCAAGCUUCUGCUAGGCUGGGUCGAAGGAGCUCUUGCCCCCUUUAAAAAAUGGUGCAAGGAAGACAUAGAUGAAAUAUCAAAAGAGCUUAUAAGUAUACUGCUGCCCACAGAAAUUCAUAGGAAGUUUAGGUCUCUUAAUUAUCUUCACUUUUGGAAAGGUACUGAAUUCGGUAGUUUUUUACAUUACGCAGGUAUAGUUGUUUUGCAAGAUAGAAUAGGUAGACUAGCAUACGAACAUUUUAAAUUAUUAUAUUGCGCUAUAACUAUAUUAUCAUCAUGGGCAUUUAAGGACCAGUGGGAGUAUGCCGGUACAUUGUUGAGGAAAUUUGUUGAGGAUUAUAGUGUUGUGUACGAUCGCAUACAUCUAGUGUGUAAUGUUCAUCUCUUGCUUCAUGUAUACGAAGAGGUUAACAAUUUAGGCCCUCUGAUUACUUUGUCAACACAUUCCUGUGAAAAUAUGUUACAAAUAAUCAAACAUAGUUAAGUAAAAUCUGGCUACCGAAGUUUGCAUCAAGCGAUAGGAAAAAUUAUAUUGUUGCGAGACAUAGACACUGCAGCACAAAGAAACCAGGAAAGUAUGACGUAUCCUACACUUAAAGUAAAAAAGGAUGAGACAAUUUUGCAAGUUAGGCAAGGAUUUUUGUUAAGGAAAAAUGUUAAGGAUUCUUGGUUUUUAACAAAAAGAAAUAUCAUAGUUAAGUACGAAAAAGCCAUCGAGGAAUCAGGAUCAGUCGUUGUACAUGGGUAUCCUUUGGUAAGACGUUUUCAAGCCUUUACUACACCUAUUGCCUCCGAUAAAAUCUAUAACUAUAUUGGAUACGAAAAUGACAUUUCAACAACGCUUCGAACUAUUCCAAUAACUGAUAUUAAAUGUAAAAUGGUAGCAAUUAAGACAAUACGAACAGGGGCUAAAGUACAUUUUACGCCAUUAAUACAUACCUUAACAUAAAAAGCCUUGGUUAGGUUAUACGGUUAAGUAGGUUAAAUAGGUUAGGUAGGUUAAGUAGGUUAGGUAGGUUAAGUAGGUUAAGAAGGUUAAGUAGAUUAAGCUAUAGAUAUUAAGCAACCGAGUAGACCCGGUAUAAGGUCGGACUUAAUCCAGAGACAGAACUAAAUACUCUGUCUCAAAGUUGCCUUAAGAAUAUUGUAAAUUUACAAAUAAUGUUGAAAAAUGUAAGAUGU